AUGUCAUCGCAAUCUUCAUUAAAUGAUAUGGUUACAACAAUGAAAUUAGUAGAAAAAUAUUUAUAUCAAAUUGGAUGUCCUGUCUUAAUCGUCAUAGGUACUAUAAGUUGUAUAAUUAAUUUAAUUGUUUUCAGUCAAAAAAAUCUACGAAAAAAUCCAUGUUCAAUCUAUUUUAUUGCAUAUAAUCUUGCUAAUUUUAUCUAUAUUUAUUCUUCAUUAUUAUCUUUAACAUUAAAUAUUGGAUAUAAAAUCAAUGCUAAUAUAUAUCACUUAGCUCUCUGUCGUGUAUUUCUUUAUACAGUAGCUUUAUUCAAUAGUUUAAGUUCAUUUUAUUUAAUUUUGGCAUCUAUUGAUCGAAUUUUGAUAACAUCACGAAAUGCAAUUACACGUCGAAAAAGUACUCGCCGUCUUGCUUAUUUAUGUAUCAUUGUAGGAACAUUAUUUUGGGCAUUAUUUCAUGCUCAUCUAUUAAUUUUCUCGACUAUUACACAGAUUGCUCCAAAUACUUUUCUUUGUUAUUAUCAACCGGGUAUUCAUCUUACUUUUAUGGGUUAUUAUUCGAUUAUUAAAGAAAUAAGUGCACUUGUAUUAUUAACAAUAUGUGGAUUAUGGUCAAUAAAGAAUAUUCAUAGUCUACAUCGUAUGAGAAUUGUACCUGAUUUAUCCGUAACUAAAAAUAUUGUUGAUACAAAUUCUUCGUCUGGAAAAGAUCGACAAUUAUUUUCUAUGUUAUUGAUGGAUAUUAUUAUUUAUGCUGUUUUUAGUUUUAUUUUUUCUAUAUUUCUUAUGUAUCAACAAAUAACACAAAAUCAAAUAAAAACUAGUGAUCGAAUUCAAAUUGAAACCGUUAUUCGAGAUUUAUGUUUAUUUAGUGCAGGUAUUCCAUUUUGUCUUGGUUGUUAUACUAAUUUAUUUGUAUCAAAAACAUUUCGAACUGAUAUUCGUUAUGAACCGAAACAAAUACUUGAACCAAUCUGUGGCUAUGAACAAGAACCAUUAGCAUCGCUUGAAGAAGCUUGUCAGCCACUUGCGAAUAUUCUCAGUAAAGAACUCGAACUGUAUGUAACUAUUGCUAAACUGAAUUCGAAAGAACCCAAAGAUGGACUUACGCAAGAUGAAUCAGCAUCAAUCUAUUUGUACACUAUGCAAUGGGAAAAAACAGAAAAUAGUCUGUAUGCUCUUUUUAAUCAAGCACUUCGUGCAAUUGAUAGAAGUACACUUAAACCUUGGUUUAAAUAUAUGAAACUAUUUUUUACUGCAUUCUUCAAGUUACCUUUCACUGAAUAUCAUACCGUAUGGCGUGGAGUUCCUGAUGAUCUUAGCAAACUUUAUCAAGAUGGUGAAGAGUUAACGUGGUGGUCUUUGAGUUCCACUACAUCGUCAUUUGAUGUUCUACAGUCUCCUAUGUAUUUGGGUAGAGCAAAUAUACAAACAAUAUUUUCAAUUGAAACAAAAAAUGGAAAAUUGAUUCGUGCACAUUCACAUCUUCAAAAUGAUGAUGAAAUUCUUCUACUACCAGGAACCUGUCUUAAAGUAAUUGGAUCAUCAAAUCCAAGUAAUGGAGUUUAUAUUAUUAGUUUACGUGAAAUUCCUUCGAAUUCCUUGAGACUAGCCAAACCAUUUGAUCUUGCAUCAACGAACGAGCUUCCUCUAUCACCACAGUUUUGUAAAGCUGAUAUUCAACAUUUGCUCAACUAUAUUGAUAUAUUAUAUCCCAACGGCGAACCCAUUAAUCUUGAAACCGGACGCGAUGAAAAUGGAAUUCCUUUCUAUAGAGAUGAAAUGUAUCACUUUUAUGGUUUAGCUGGAACUUGGGCAGAGAAUUACGAUUAUGACUUGAUACCAACAUAUCGAAUGUCGCAAAAUCCUGAAUAUAUUGCAAAAGCUACCUGGACAGAAAUCAAACAAAUGUUAACCUGUCUCUGUAGUUCAGGAAAAUUUUCGUCUUAUACUACCUAUGCUCACGCAAUCACAGCCGGUUACAUACGAUUGAUACUUCUUCGUAUGAAGGAACUUGUUGAACUAUAA